AUUGUCCCGGUGUCGAUCUUGACUCAUUCUGCCUUUUUGACACAGCACUUUUUGUGGCCAGCGCAGUUGUAACAGUGCGACAGCUGUGAUAAACUUACCUGCUCCUAGUCCUCAAAGAUCACCAGGAAAUGCUCAAUGUAUCAGCAGUGAAAAAAGUUUCCAGUUUCUUCCGUACACCUUCCGGGAGGACUGCUGCUCGGGGAAGACCUGGGACAACAGACUGUUGUCAGACACCUUGCAGAUAACAGAGGAUAAGGAGAGCUCGUGCUACCACUCUCCCAUUAUAAAGUGAGCUGAGCUACCCACACGACCCAACAAGGCAACGCAAUGUCUACGACACGUUUCAGCAACCUGUCCAGCAGCGACUUCGCCCGGGAAGUGAUCAGAAGUACCAGUGAGGUCGAACUGGACAACCCAUUCUAUGUGCUGGACAUUGAUGACCUGUAUGGCAAAGUGGAGCUGUGGCACAAGUCCCUUCCUCGUGUCAAGCCUUUUUACGCGGUGAAAUGCAACGACCAUCCCACCGUGCUGAAGGUGCUAGAAAGCGCAGGCUUGGGUUUCGACUGCGCUAGCGUUGUAGAAAUUGAAACAAUGUUACGUCUUGGAGUGUCUCCUUCGCGCAUAAUCUACGCCCACCCUCAGAAGCACGUCUCCUCUGUUCAGCGUGCAAGGGACCUCGGAGUGGACCUCAUGACCUUCGACAGUGCAGAGGAACUCAACAAGGUGAGCGAGCACUUCCCGAAUGCUCGGUUGGUUCUUCGUCUUAAAGUGGACAACAAGAAAGCCUGGUUCGCAAUGGGAGACAAGUUCGGCUGUAACCCAAGAGAGAGCUUCCAGCUGCUGCACAUGGCCAAGGACCUCAACCUUUCUGUUGUCGGUAUCUGUUUCCAUGUGGGUAGCAGCAACCAGGAUCCUGACGCCUUCUCAGGAGCCAUUGCCAAUGCACGGAGAGCCUAUGACCUGGCAACGUCAUUGGGCUUCAAUAUUACUCUGCUCGACAUCGGUGGAGGUUAUCCUGGAGAGAAGGGUACCAAAGAAAUAUUCCUCAAGACUGCUGACAUCAUCAGUGAAAACCUAGACCACUACUUUCCUCCGGAAAUGGAUAUAGCUAUCAUAAGCGAGCCUGGCACAUUCUUCGUGGCUUCAGCGUUCACCCUCUACGCCAAGGUCAUCGGCAAACGAAUCAAUGAGGCCGAAAACAACACCAAGGCAAAGGAAAUUAUGUACUACAUCAACGAGUCUGUUUACAAAUCUUUCGUUGUCUCGCUCUUCAAUGACGAUCCGGUGGAUCCACAACCACUGCUGGAGAACGAUGCCACUAAGGAACAAAGCAUCAUCUGGGGCAUUACAUGCGACGGCUUGGACAAAAUCAAAGGCUCUUGCAUGCUGCCGGAAUUGAGUGUCGGAGACUGGCUCAUGUUCGAGAGUAUGGGUGCCUACACUAUUACCCUUAACACGCCUUUCAAUGGGUUCCCAAGUGCUGACGUCCUCUACAGAGCGUCAAAGAUGACAGAGGAGGAUCUCCGGAAACGGGAAUUGCUAAUCGAAAUCGUGGAUUGUGCCUCAUAACAGAGUGGCAGUAAAUUAGCUGCAACAAGGAUAUGAUUUGUACCGUUUGAGUUCAGAUUGUGAGAGCGCCGUCUUACAGACUGCUGCUGUUCGCUCGAUAUGAGCGAAAAUAUAUAAGUGUUCGCGAAAUAAAAAAGGGGAUCAACGCAACAGGAGCUCAACGCGCUCAUCUUUUCGGAACAUCAUGGCGAGACGGGUAUUCUGUAGAAGUAACGCUAGAAUGUACUCCAGCUUCGCGAGAUACGAAGUGAGAAAACAUUGCAUUGCUGUUUCGAAGACGUUGAAUUUCGUCUCCACCGUAUAUGAACGAGGCAGGAAGUUAGAAUAUCACAGGGGCGUUAACAGCAGUUGCUGUCAGCGAUAAAAGAUGUGAAUCAGUUUGCAAGGUACACAGAACUUGCAAGCGCAUGUGUGUUUAGUGCCUUACAGGAUGUACUCAGUGUGGAGAGUAAUACAAUGUAUUCUGUAGGCAUUAGGUACGCCAACAAGGACGCAAAUCUUGUAACCAAAUGAAAAUGUAUUUAUUUUCAGUGAUCAAUAAACAUACCCUUUUAAGUGCAA